AUGUGUGAGUGCUGUAGGUUGCGUAGUCGUGACCACCGCUACUGCGGCCUGACGCCCACGCCGGAGGAGACGCUGCUGGAGGCGCCCGCCCCGCUCACCACUGACAGGCACGAAGACGGGGUGACGAUGUGGGGGGUGGGGGGGUCAGGACGAUGUGUGUACGUGUCCAUGACACGUCAGGCGCAGGGACGAGCCUCCUUCAUCCUCAUCGUCCGGGACACUGACGGUGUCAUAUAUACCUUGCCUAACCAGCCUGACGGAGGGCUACAGCAGUACAGCGGGGGCGGGUGGCGGGGGCCGGGGGUGCUGCUGGAGUGCGUCCAGCCCAUGAGGACCUGGCGGCUCCAGUACAACGGAUACUUGAGGAAGGGCGCGAGGCAUCACUACAACACCUUGCCAUGUCCCGAGGACGACUCAGGCGUACAGGAGGCGCGCCUGCGCCUGGUAUGGCGGGCACUGAAGGCUCCCGUGGACCUGUUCCGGGACUCCAGCCCGCUGCUGCUGGGGGCCGCCCUAGCCAGGGAGGAGGAGGCUGAUAUUAAGUACUUCACGUCUCUGGACCGUGACGCGUACCACCAGCUCGGGGUACUGGCUGGCACCGUGCAACUGGGAAGUACCGUGCACCCAACCACUGAUUUGUGGUACCUCAGAGGGACCAGGCUCAGGAGAUGGGGCAUGGGUGAAGCGGCCAGUAAACUCCACCGCUCCGUGGAGUUCAACUCCAUGCUCCAAAAUGGAGAUUUUCUUUUUCUGUCUUCCUUCUGCUACCCCACUUCCUUAACUAAUUGCACGUUCGGGUACCUGGAGACGGCCAGUGGGGAGUAUUACCCCGUGAGGUCCUCGAGCUUUGACAUGCAGGAGGUGGGGGAGGAUGACGUCCUACCUUCCCAUGUUACUUUCCGGUGCUUGGCUGGCACGCGCCGUGUACACGUAUGCAUUACACUGGACCGUGGCACGGUACGUUACUACAGCGGUGACCCGUGGACGUUACAGCACGACGUCUGCGCUACCACCGCCUACGUCGACGACGUCUGUGGUGCUGGCGUUGCGGUCUUCACGCGCAGCUUUACAGGCUUGUGUCCGGUACCGGAGCCCGAGGAGAUCGAGUGGCCGGUGUCGAGUGAAGACGAUGGUGGGGACGGUGAUGAGACCUUCCCUGUGGUGACGAGGGACGAACCCCUCCCUGUGGUGGUGACGAGGGACGAGCCCCUCCCUGUGGUGGAGAGAUUGAGCGACGAGCGGUGUCGGGACGUGACUCUUGCUGGGGGCAAGGGCGCCUCGUUGGCCGUCCUCAGUGCCUUCCAGCAGCAGCGACAUCUCCCUCAGGAGUUCCGUGUGCCCGACGGCAUCACGGUGACGACGCAGGCGUGGCGUCUGCAGCUCGCCAGCAGCGCCGCCGUCACCGCCGCCCUGCAGGGCAUCGAGCGCGCCCUCGGCUCUGCUCAGGACUCGCAGAUCAAAGACGCAUGUGAUAAAGCCUCAGAAGCGCUACGGAGCAGCGCCGUGUGUCCGGACGUACGUAGCGCCGUAGAAGGAGCCCUCAUUGAUCUCUACGAGACGCCUAACCCGGACGUGCGUUUUGCCGUCCGUUCGUCCGGACGUGACGAGGACGGUGACGAGGCGUCCGCUGCUGGACAGAACCUCACAGUGCUGGGCUGUUCUGGGCUGGACCAGGUGCUGGAUGCCCUGGUUCAGUGCUGGGCUUCUGUAGUGCAGUUCUCCAGCGUCCAAUACAGAAGACAGCGCGGCAUGGCGCCGGUGAGCGAGAUGGCGGUGGUGGUGCAGGAGAUGGUGGCCGCCGACAUGGCGGGUGUGAUGUUCACCCGUGACCCCGCCACCGGGUCUCCCGCCACCGUCACCAUCACCGCCAACUACGGCCUGGGCGAGAGCGUAGUGUCGGGGAGCGCUGAGCCUGACACGGUGGUGGUGGCGGUGUCGUGGCGGGGGCGCCUCUCCCUGACGUCCCGUGUCACGGGGGACAAGGCAACCAAACACAUCAUGAGCGAUUGUGGCGGCACCAAGGAGGAAGAGGUGCCAGAGACAGAGAGACGUAAAUGCUGCGUCUCUGAAGAUCUCGCUCUGCGUCUCGCGUCUCUCGCUCUCUACGUUGAACGCAUCUUUGCGUCGCCCCGAGACAUCGAGUUUGCUGUCGUCAACGACGAGAUAUAUUUGCUCCAAGCGCGUCCUAUCACCUCCUUGGAGCUAUGGAGCGACUUGGAGCUUCAGCUGGAGCUCGACGACGCUGUCUUGUCGGACUCAGAGCUGCUUACAUGCGCCAACACUGGGGAGGUGCUACCGGGGGCACUAACCCCUCUGACGCUGUCGCUGGUGCCAAAGGUGCUGGACUUGGCGCUACAGCGCGUGCUGUGUCAGCGUAACUCUGUUGUAGCUUCUUACAGCCCUGACCCUGCCACCAACAAGUGUAUUGCCAUGUCACAUCUGCACUGCAUGCUUAACAUGAUGGAGAUCUUGUACCGUUCACUUGACAAGGAAAUAAGUACCGUGACUCAGAGUUUAGACCUAGCAGUGUUCGGUCACCUGGUAACCGACGAGCGCUACCACAAGCGCGGGGUAGCGCGCUACGGGACCUUGUCGCUGGCAGCUAAAUUAUACGGAGCACUCUUUGCUUUAUGGGAGUUUGUGUACAACAAGCGUCGUGUACCGGCGCUACAGGAGCGCUGUAGGAGCUACUCCUUCAGGACGGGCCGCGCUGUCAAGGCGGGGGCGCUCCUAGCGCAGGUCUCUUCCAGGCUACCUGAGCUCAUUGAGAUCGCCGAGACACACAACCACACAAGUUCUGCAUCAUCCUUCACACAGCUGCUCGCUCUCGUCAUGCUCUCCGAGAACAGUAAAACAAUCAGCAACGAAAGCAUCGCUGACAUCGCAACGAUGCUGGCAUCAUGCUGCAACGAAGCUGAGAGUACCGGUGUACCAUCCGCCUUAACCUGUCUCACGGAGGAGAUCAGCAAGGACGAGGAGCGCGACGAGUUCCUGGGCCUCCCUGUGGAGGAGGCGCGCGUGUGGCUACAGUCCCACCCUGGCCGCGUGGGGGACAUCUUCCAGGAGUUCAUGGAGGUCCAUGGCCACCGCUGCAUCAGGGAGGUCAGAGACAUGGGUUACGGAGGUCAGAGACCUGGGUUACGGAGAAAAGCGCUAGGUUUCAUUCUGCCCAUGUGCCGAGAAGCCGUCCUCAAGAGGGAAGCAACCAAGUCCUGCAUCAUCAAGACCAUCGACGCGUUCCGCAAGGCCUUCAGGAACCUGGGUGACCUGCUAGUGGCUGAAGGCCGUAUCCCUGAUCCCAGCCUCGUCUUCUACUUCCAGUUCCACGAGCUGUCCAAGCUUGUCAACGGCAGCGCCUCGCAUCUAGUCACCAAGGCUAUUCGGCGGAAGCGGAUGGUUGCUCGGAUGGAGAAACUCCGUUUUCCUGAGAUAUCUGAAGGACGGCCAGUACCG